UGUCAACUCGUUCCAAUGGCCAACGCUGCUUGCGCAAUCAAUACCCUGUCUUCAUUCCUAUCACAUGAGGAGAUCGAAGAUGUGGACGGUCUUAACCAGUUCUUCCGUUCUCUCCCGAACCCUGCUGCCCUGAGCAGCCUAGAACAGCACCAAGCGACCGAUGUCAUCGUCUUUUGUGCCUCUUCGGUUUUGUCACUUGCGGAUGUGGUUUUCUCGGCAGUGGCUACGAAUGGGCUAGAGUCGAAAGAACAAAUUUACACAGAGGGAAGGAACACAGUUCUGGUGUUGUGUGGUGGCAUCGGCCACUCGACGCCAUUUCUAUACGAAGCGAUCGAGAAUCAUCCGGUCUACAAUGUGCUUGCCGAUGAAGUGCAAGGAAAGGCCGAAUCGCGUGUCCUGCAGCUCAUAGCUGAGCGCUGGUACGGAGUUCAGAUCCAUGACGUUGGAUCUGUAGAAGCAACAAUCCAGCCAGAUGAUACGAACAAAUUCUUGGUUGUAGUUGAAGACCGUUCUACAAAUUGUGGAGGGAAUGCAGCCGAGUCAAAACGAGUCCUUGAGGCCUGUGGGGUCUACUCACCGAGGUCCAUUGUCAUAGUGCAAGACCCGACGAUGUCAAGGCGAACGGUAGCCACCUUUCAAAGGGCAUAUCAGCAACAAUCUAAUGUGUUGCCCCAAAUAAAGAGCUGGCCCACGUUCACCCCCCAAGUUAGAUUCAUCGACACAACAAUGGACAACGUUGAUAAGGAUGUCAUGGCUCAGCUUGUAUUUGAUGGCGAGGAGUGCACCCAUAAGACAAGAGGUGGCAUGUGGAGCAUAGGCCGAUUUGUUGAUUUACUCAUGGGGGAGAUUCCUCGCCUUAGGGAUGACGAAGCGGGCUAUGGGCCAAGGGGGAAAGAUUUCAUAGUUCAUGUGACUAUUCCAGAGAGCGUUGAUGUUGCCUGGGCGACGCUCUACAACCUUCUCGGGAAACAGCGCAGGAGCUGA